GUUCACUGAAACAGAAUAGUUUUUGGAAAUUGGAUACAACGGAACCAAAUUGUUGAAGACGACAACAACAGAUCAGCACUACUAGGACGAAGCUAUAUUGUCCGCCAUAAGGAACAACCAAGAAGCAAAGAACAUAAAAUCAUGACAAAUUUUUCUUUUGUUUUCGCCCUGGCGGCAUCGCUGCUGUCUACGACCACCCAUGCGUUUGCCCCGAAGUCGACGCUUGUAGCCACCACAGCGGCAACCGCCGCCACGAUGAACCACCAAAAUUCUGCACAGGGAAUGUUCACCGGCAUUGUUGAAGAGAUGGGAACCGUUGUAAAGAUGGAGGACCGCAACGACAUGACCUUGUGGGACGGAUCUAUCGGAAGUGGGACCGAAUUGACCGUUCGUGGAAGUGUCGUCAUGGAUGGAGCCUAUCUGGGGUGCGUUUUAAGCCUGUGCAUUGUGUUCGAUUUUGUCACAAGAUUUUUAGCGACGAUUUGUGCCAGUAUUUGUGCCAGUAUUUGAACGAAGCUUGAGGUAGUGAGAAUAGGCUUUUCUCCUGUUGCUAUUCGGAUUCGUCUUUCGAUCGGCCAUGAUUUGUUUUCGUUCGAUGGGUGAGUUCGAUUGUGUGAUUCUUUUCUUACUAUUUUUUAAUCUACUUGGCUACACGUGUUAUUUGACUCUACUAUCUACUUUUGGUGGCGCUUCAUUUUCUUGGCACAAUCUUGUGUAAACGCAAAACAACAUAUACUGGACGCGACAAAACAGGUGCAGCAUCUGCGUCAGUGGUGUUUGCCUGACAGCAACGGUCCUCGAUGAUCAACAUGGAACUUUUACCGUAGGCUUGGCUCCGGAGACCCUAGACAAGACCUACUUCCGAUCCCUCCAACCUGGACAGGCAGUGAACCUCGAACGCGCGAGCGAAAUCGGUGGCCGCAAUUCGGGACACUUCGUUCAGGGACACGUGGACGGGACCGGUACAAUCGUCGACAAGCGAGUGGACGGGGACAGCCUACGGAUCACUGUCCAGGUCGACGAAGAGUUCGCCGAUGCUAUCGUGAGGUAUGUCGUGCCGAAAGGAUUUAUCGCUAUCGACGGAACGUCGCUGACGGUCGUCGACGUUGAUGUCGAAAACCGCACUUUUGGUUUCAUGCUGGUGGAAUACACCCAAAAGAAAAUCGUGAUUCCCAAUAAAGCGAUUGGAGAAAAGGUCAACCUAGAGGUAGAUGUGCUUGGAAAAUACUCCGAAACGGCUAUGGCGUCUCUGAUGCCAAGACUUGAGGCCUUGGAGGCCAGAGUCGAAUAUCUGGAGAAGAAACUGCUGACUGCUAGCAAUGCUGCUGCUGCAUCGCCUCCACCCAAGGUCGGAAACACAGCCACCCCUCCCACGACCGUACGUUCUGCCGGACCAGUGAUCACUGAGGGCACGCCUUCGUUUAAGGGAGGCAUCAGCGACGACGGCGUGCUCGGCGGAGAUCCAAAUGAUAACCGUAUGAUGCGGCCCGAAGGAAACGUGGGCACAGCGGGCGAUAGCGACAAUGCUGCCGAUGGCAACAACGAAGUUCGAAGAGUUUCUGUCGCACCAGAUCCCAAAAUGGACGACAAUGGUGGAGUCAGCGGCGACAAAUUUGUGCGAAUCUCUUGAGCGAGAAAAGACACAGAAGAAAGAAAAGGAUGACUGGUUUAGUUCCUGUAGUGUUCGAGUGCUGGCAACAGAUAAAAACCUUCUUUACUGUGUAGAGUCCUGGAUUGUCUUUCUUCUUGUCUAUCAUGAAUGACAACUUUAAAGUCCACUGGGGCUAGGGUGUCUGGUUGAAAUCAAAUUGUUCUAUCAUCAGUUGCGUGUGUUUGGACUUCGUCUUGAUCGUCUGAGUAGAAUAAAUACAGUAUUGUGUAUGUAGAUAACAUAUAUAUGUACAGAAGAUACGUAGAGGAUGGUCUCUGUUUCUCAAAAGCGUACCGGUACGUACGUAUGCGUUGCAGUCUUGUGAAUCCCGGUUACGAUCCACAAGGCUCAUAACCUUAUCGUUCAAUGCACCAUUCGAAACGACGCGAAAUUCAACAAGGAGGGCACGAGCACAACAUCGCAUGUCAUGAGUCGAUACGGUAGGGUGUACUCGUACUGCAAGAGACUUGUAGUAGGAAAUACUUCGUAAAUACGAACAUGAGACGACGACACAUCAACGAAAUUCUUUCAGUUUGUGGAAACAGACCAGUUUUGGAAAUUCUGGACGUAAACUACCGUACGUCCUUGAAACACCACAUCAUAAAAGCCAGGAAGACCAACUACGGGCAGUACCCCACCGUUUCGUUUGCUACAGUAUUGCGUUUCGAAGGGCGAAGCAGUGUCACACUCAAUUGACAUCAAUUGUAGGAAGAAAUCUGAUCUCAAUUCGCGAAGACUCGAUUAGAGCCAUCAAACAUUCGAAAAACGACGUUUGCAUUGCUGAAACCAGACCAGCGACUUCGAAAAAAUGAAGAAGAGGAUUCGAAUCGCCCCUGUAUUAACGCCAAUGAACAAUGAUAAUGCGACUUCCUUGCUGAGUGGAAUACACGGCGCCUCCCGACAUAAUAUUCUCCUUUUUUCUCUGAUUCUUUCGGGGUUCUGCAUAUACGGAAUCGAGUCAUUUGGUCAGAAUGGACGGUCGUCUAUAAUACACCAUGGCGUACGAAAUCGACGACGUUUCAAAAGUGUCACGAGAGGAACGACCGAACCUCAUUUACCGCUACAUUCGGUGUCUACGAAGCAACAAGCGCAUCCUCCGAACAGAAAAGGAACUAGAAAGAAUUACAAAGGCAAGCACAACUAUCACAAAAAUGGUCGUAACAAAAACAAAGGCAACAACAACGGAUACAAGCGACGCCAGGGGGGUGGUCUAAACGAAUAUGGUCAGCUGAACCGGAAGAUCACACAAGAAGAAACCGCUCAGGGCGUCCUCAGCCUCCUGGCGUCGACGAAAGGGGCCCUUUCGUCUGUGGCAGGCGGGGGGACCAUGAGCACUGUCAAUUUUUCGACCUCCAUCCACCGAAUCGCCCGUCAUAUGACGCUCUAUACCACCAAGAACCUUCCAGGCAACGAGCGGGCAAAGAUUUUGUCUGAUCCUCGCUUUGCCCUCCUGAUUUGCAGCACGUCAGAAGCUCUCCUGGACGGAGCCGAAAAAUAUGAGUCACAGUACAAAUCAAACAACCGAAAAAUGAAUCCAUCCUCUUCAGGGAGGGUAUGUUUUGGGGCGAGAGAGCUGUCCAACAUUGUGUGGGCCAUUGCGAAACUGAACAUUGCACCGCCAGACUCGGUUCUCAAAGUCGAUAUAGAUAAUGCGGAAAAGCUUUUGAGAGAGAAGAGUAAAGAUGUUCGAUCCAUUAUCUUUGAAGUUGCUAAACACAGAGCAUCGCCGGGGUCAUCAUCAUCGUCGCCAUCGGCCUCUUCUUGGAUCCCGGCUUUGUCGGAGCUGUGUGGGGUGCUGGUGGAUGCUGUGUCUUCGAAAGCCUUAGAUCUCGACCCAAAACGAUUUCAGCAACAAGAAUUAUCCAAUUUGAUGUGGGCAUCGGCAACCACGAAACGGCCAAGCGAAAAUGUCUUCAAAUACGUCGUGAGUAGCAUCAUUGCAUCAGCUGAGCAGAGGAAACACAUCAAACUCUGCAAUGAAAACAAUCCCAACAAUAAAGAUAGUGUUAAGGACGAAAAGGGGGCUGUACCGCAAGAAUGGUCGAUUCCACUGUGGGUCCUAGCGAAGAGCGGUACAGAUCUAGGCCACGAAGAAGAAUUGCUGCCAUUCGUCAACGACAUGAUGGACAACGAACCGGGGUUUUUGGAACGAUUCAAACCACAAGAACUCAGCAAUAGUGUCUGGGCUGCAGCCACGAUUAUUAGCAAACGGCCGCAGGCGGCAAUGGGAGCGGCAAGUGAUGCCGCCCUAGGGAUUCUUCGUCAUACCUCAAGGGAGUUGAUUCGGCGCGAGGGAGAGGGUUACAAAACCCAAGAGCUCGCCAAUAGUGCAUGGGCGAUGGCCACCCUGGGUUUUGGUGUGAAAAAGCAAACAACGUCUGCCACCUCAAAGGAUUGUCAUCUGACCCACACGUACACCUAUCUCGUCAGUGACGACCCCGAAGGCGAUCGGGCAUUGAUGGAAGAAGCAAUGAAAAUAACGCUGGAGAAAACAAAACAAAACCUUAGACGAUUCACGUCCCAAGAAUUAAACAAUUUGUGCUGGGCUAUGGCUCGCCUGGAAGAGAAGGACGAAGGACUCAUCCAUAUGAUUGGGAGAGAACUUGCUAACCCUCGAAAAUCUGUGAACUCCCAGGAUUUGAGCACUUCUCUCUGGGCGAUGGCAACCAUGGAAUAUUACGACGAGGACUUGUACCGAUCGGUAGUAGCCCGCUUCCCUGGGAUUGGCCCCCACGGGUUCAACCCACAGGAGUUUAGCAACACUGUAUGGGCACUUGCGACGGCGGGAGUAGUUCCGGAAUAUUCAAACGCAUUCGACGACAAGCUGCUACCCAGCGAUCUAAGACCGACAAAGGAAGAAGCGUUGCGCGAUCCCGUUACUUCCAUCUUUGCUGCUGCGGCUUCGGAAUUGAUUCGUCGACCAAAUGAAUUCAAGGUAUGUUACAUGACAACGAGGUCCAAUGAAAUGCGUACAGUUUUCAACUUCAACUAUAUUCACUUAUACAUUCUCUUCGUGUCCUUUAAAUGUUGUUCGGAACGCAGACGCAAGAGAUCAAAGAUGUGCUUUGGUCCUUUACUAGGGUUGGAAUGAGACAUCCAGAAUUGUUUCGGUCGAUGGCGGAGUACUUGGUGGGAAAAGAAGAUAACCUUGAGACGACAGGCAGAGGUUUGGAUGAAUUCAACAGUCAAGGGCUUGCAAACCUCGCAUAUUCUUUUGCCCGCCAUACGCAGCUCGGAGGAGAGACGAUGAACAAAUACGAACGGCGCUGUCGCAUCCCGUUCACAGGUGGCAAAUUGGCCUACUACACAAUUUCGUAUUUGGACGUUGGGGAAGGGCUGCUAAGAAAGCUUUUCGCAGCUAUUGCCAAAGCCGGUCUUGAAAACUACGGUGAGUCUGUUCGAUUUUCUUUUUAUCCUUUGAUUUCGAGUUAACUCCAAAUUUUUCACUCAACAAUCUUUUUCAAUCGCGGUGUUGCCAUAGAUAACUUAUCGAAGUGCUCGGCACAAGACGUUUCAAAUACUGUCUGGGCAUUUGGAAUUCUUGGAUUGAAACACGAACGAUUUCUCAAUGCAGUGGAAGGAACGCUCCGGAAAAGGAUGGAAAGCUAUGUGAGAGGAGACAAAAGUUCUUUUAUCCAGGGUCAAGAAAUGUCUAACGCCCUUUGGGCUUUGGCAACGCUCAACUACAUUCCGAGUGGGCUCUUGAGUUUGGUGGAACGCUACUUUUUGGAACUCCUUCAUCAUGGAUUGACUGUGUCAAAUAUAUCCCGGCUGAUAACGCGUCAAGAAUUGGCCAAUAUUGCCUGGGUAGCCGCCGUGUUUGGUGAAUACCCGUCGAAGCUUAUCAAAAUGUUGUAUAUGGGAAUACUUGGAGUCGGCGAAAAACCCGAUCCAGCCUACAUCCAGAAUGUGUACAACGACAGUGGCAUUCAAGCAACCCAUUCCAACAGCAUGCUCUACCUUCAAAUAAUGAUGGACUUCGAUCUGGGAAGGAAAAAGAACACUUUCGCACUGCCCAACGACUUUCCUUCGGCUUGGGCAUCUAGUAUGGCUGUGAUGAACGAUGGAUCCUCCGUUGAUAGCAGCAACGGAAUCAUGGAAAUCAGCACCACCACUAGUGGGAUCCAAAACCGAAUCAGCAUGGCCUUUGAUCGAAUCGAUUUCGGUCACGUUGACGAACAUCUCUUCACCAUGAAGGACUUGGCCACUGAAUUUGAUAUACAAAUGCCCCCCUUUCCGGUGGAGGUGCUUUCAGUGGACAUUGCCAACAUCGAAUCGAAGAUUGGAAUCGAGGUGGAUGGCCCCGGUCAUUGGGUGAGCAACAUCGAUCCGGCCACCAACCACAAUAUUCUUGCGAGCGUUGGAGAAUACCGGGGGCCAGCACCGAACGAGAGCAAGAAGGGGAGCGACCACAAUCGCAUUUUUGAAUACAACUUCAUUUGGAAUUCCGAAGACCAAAUGAUAAACGGUGCCACGAGCCUAAAACAGCGCAUGUUUCAACACAUGGGUUGGGAUAUUAUCAACAUUCCUUUUUGGGAAUGGAAUCGGGUGGAUAUCAGUAAUCCGAACAUCACAAAUGACUCAUCGAGACUCAAAGCUCAGGAAGAUUAUUGUCGGUCCUUGCUCGAGUAGCACCACACGUCAAAGUUGCUCUACAUUGCAAUUAAUCUUUUUAAUUGUU